AUGGCUGCGUUGCCGAGUGAAAGACAAACGUCAUCAGAGGGAGCGUCGCGAGGAUCGGGAGAGGUGGAGGACGUGUAUCCUAAGCACGUGUUCGGUCUAAGGAAGGAUGUGCGUGAUGCCGUCGUUCAUCUGGAUAGCAAAACUGUGAUGUACCCAGCGGGGGCUUUCCUGGUGGCCCACAACACCGAGACACACGAGCAAACUCUGACGGCGCUGCACAGCCGUGAUGUCCCCACGGCUAUGGCCAUGUCGUCCCGGAGGCAGUACCUGGCCCUGUGCCUCGCUGGUGCAGCUCAGGACCCCAGCGGCGACUACAUCAGGACUGAAGGGGAGCUGCCCGCCGUCGCCGUCUACGACCUCAAGUGCGACCCCAUCAGGAAGGUCCGCGCCCUGGUGUGCGGCGACGUGGCGAGCCACGAGUUCGUGUCUGCCGCCUUCAGCGCCGACGAGAAAGUCGUGGCCGUGCAGGGGGGGCAGCCUGACUACACGCUGGUGCUCUUCGUCAUAGAGAAGAGUAAGGUGCUCUCUAUCCUGCGCCUGGGUGACACACCUGGCCUGCUAAGUGUGUCAAGCGUAGCGUUCCACCCCGAGGACGUGGGCGUGCUGGCCGUGGUGGGCAGAAAAGCCCUGCGCUUCCUGCGCCUACACGACAAGCUCCUGAAGGCGUACGGCUACCAAGCAGGACUACAACACAUGUGCUGCACCGCCGUAUGGGCGGACCACUACACUUUGCUUGUGGGCACAGAGGAAGGGACCAUUCUGCUCAUGGAGGAGGGCGAGCUCAAAACUACCAUCGUCAUUGAUGACACGCAUGCUGCGUCAGGGUUAGUCUUGCCUCCAUGCAUCGUCAUUGACGACACGCAGGCUGCGUCAGGGAUAGUCUUGCCUCCAUGCAUCGUCAUUGACGACACGCAGGCUGCGUCAGGGCUGCGUCAGGGUUAG